AGACUGAAUAAGUCUAAACCAUUAAUUCGUGAACAGCACAAACAUCAGCAAAAAUUCAUUCAUUCAUUCAUACAUAGUAGAUAAUAAAACAUCACAUGGAUCCACCACCUGCCUCUGUCUUCCUCCAUCUCUCUUCUACUUUCUCUCUCCUCUCUCUCUCUCUAGAUCUCUCUCUCACACAGACACACACUGACACACAGCCGAGACUUUUCUGCAAGCAAUCUCUAAAGUCAUCAUUUUUGCAGUGCCACCAGUGAAUCUUAUUGCCAGUUUCAUAAUUCAGAUUUUCCUUAAAUUUUCUUCCCACCAUUUUCAGAUCUUGGCCCUUCUUAUUUUCAACAAAAAACCCAUCAUAAAGCUCCAAUCUUUACCACUAAAUAGAAAAAACCCACAAUAAAGCUUCAAUCUUUACCACUAAAUAAAAAAAACCCAUAAUAAAGCUUCAAUCUUUACCACUAAAUAAAAAAACCCAGAAGAUCAAUCAUUCAAUCCAAUGUAAAAAAAAAUGUUACACAAAUAUAAACUCGCACUAAUCAUAGGUCUAACCUCGUUAUCAGCCCUAGCACUUCUUCUGAUCGCACUCUUUUAUGCCAGAAGAACAAAACAAGAAAAUGGCGGUUCUAACACUUACACAGACGCAGAAGCUGGAGAAGCGGUGGUGCAAGCAGAGGGUUUGAUCAAGUUCCACGGCGGCGAGAAUCUUACCGUACAGGAAAUUCUCGAUGCCCCCGGUGAGGUCAUCGGAAAAUCAACAUAUGGGACACUGUACAGGGCUAAUUUGGUCAAUUCAAAUUCUCUUGCAUUGCUUAGGUUUCUGAGACCUACUUGUACGAUGAGCACAGAAGAUGUAAUGCCGAUUGUUGAGGUUUUGGGGUCUGUAAGGCAUCCGAAUUUGGUGCCUCUGACUGCGUUUUACGCCGGCCCGAGAGGGGAGAAGCUGAUGGUUCAUCCCUUUUUCGGGCUUGGGAAUUUGUCUCAGUUUAUCAGAGAUAGCAAUGGCGAAGCUCGCAAAUGGCCCACGAUAUGCAGAAUCUCGAUCGGCAUCGCUAGAGGAAUUCACCAUCUUCAAACGUCUUUAAACAAGCCCAUAGUACACGGCAACCUCAAGUCAAAGAAUAUACUCCUAGAUUCCAAUUACCAACCUUACGUCUCCGAUUUCGGUUUGCAUCUUCUUCUCAAUCCAACCGCGGGUCAAGAAAUGGUUCAAGUAUUAUCGUCUCGGGGGUACAAGCCCCCCGAGCUGAUCAAAAUGAAAGACGCGUGUGAAGAGAGCGAUAUUUACAGCUUAGGUGUAAUCUUUCUAGAAUUACUGACCGGCAAAGAGGCAAUCAACGAGAACGCGGAUCAAGAUCAAGACUUUUAUUUGCCGAGUGCUUUGAGAAGUGCGAUUCUUGAUGAUCGAGCGGUGCAGUUGUACCAUCCGGAUAUUUUGAUUGGGCUUAGCAACGAUGAAAGAGUAGUUACGGAAGAUGGUAUUUUGAGAUAUUUUCAACUAGCAAUGGCUUGUUGUUCUCCCUCACGUAAUGUACGGCCUAGUAUAAAGCAAAUUCUCGAAAAGCUCGAAGAAAUUGUUAAGUAAAGAUUCUGUUUUUUCUUUGUUUUUUUUUGGGGGGGGGGGGGGAGUAGUCAACUUAGUUGGUUGACUUAUUCGGUGAUCAUGGCAACAACUAACCGAGGUUGUCGUAAUGUCAGAAAGUGACUUGGGUUGACUUUUAGCGUGGAGACUUAGCAAAGAUUCAGUUGUCGAAGUCAACAGAUGCCGAGUUUUGUCAAACCGACAGGAAACUAGAUUGCCGUCAGAGUAUAUUCUCAAUUAACAGUGGCCGUUAAUUUUUGAAUGACUGUGAAAAGAAGUUGAGAUCUUUCAACUACAACCAUCUUAAUGGACGAUCGAGUCUUGAUGGAUGGAUACGAGCUAAGGUUUAUCGCAGAGUUGUCGGUUUUACGUUAGUCAAAAGUACCGUAUUGGUUUAGCCCUACUGUAACAAUACAACAUGAAGAAAUGUUGACGAAAAAAAGAGCACAUUUUUUCGGCUAUUUUCUUUAUCUUUCUACUGAGUAAAGAUUGUUUCGGCUAGUUAGUAUCGGCCUAUCGGAUUCCGACGAAGAUCAGAAUCUUAUUUUUGUAACUGUAAUUUCUUAUCUCGGU